AUGCUGCGCGGAUCGCAGACCCUCGUGCGGCGCGGGCUGCAGCACUCGAGCGCCGGGCGCUGGUCGGCGCUGGUCGCCGGCGGCGCGGCGGCGCGUGUUUCCGACGCCUCUUUUGUCGAGGAGUGCCGCGCCCAAUAUCUCGCAAACGGCUGGUGCCACAUCCCCAACUUCAUUGGCAAGGAGCGCUGCGCUGAGCUGCGCAACGAGGCUGACGCGCUCCUUGAGAGCGACGCGGCGUUUGCCAGCACCGACGACCACACCGUUUACCAGCAAGAGCGGGACGAGCGGCUCCCGCUCGACCACCCGCGCAACCGGCUCAUGAAGUCCACCAAGCGGAUCGUCGAUUACGAGCACGUCCCGCAGGAGUCGUCGCUUCGAGAGCUCUACUCGGCACCCGAACUGCGCUCGUUCGUCCAGGCGGUCGUCGGCGUGCCCGAGCUGCACCUCUCCGCCUGCCCCUACAACGCGGCCAUGUACAACGGCUACUACGACUCGGACGGGCUCGACUGGCACUUCGACAGCUCCGAGUUCGGCGUCAAUCUGGUGCUUCAGAACCCCACCGAUGGUGGCAAGUUCGAGUACCACAGCCUCACGCGCAGCGAGGAGGACCUCUGGUCGUACGACGCUGUCACAAAGGUGCUAGCCGAGGCAGACGCCUCGGCCGAGGGCGCGGCGACGAGCGCUGAGACCGUGGAGGGACUCGCGCCGGGCUCGCUCGUCUUCUUUGCGGGCCGGCUCUCGCUCCACCGCGUAUCUCCGGUGCUCAACCCCGACGUGCGCGGCUCAACGCCGCGAAUCAACGCUAUCCUCACGUAUGAGAAGUCGGAGGGGCAGCUGGCCAGCCCAUACACCCUGUCCAAGUUCUUCGGCCGCUCGUCGGAGGGGCAGCAAGCCCACGCUCAGUAG